CAAACAUACGCUAACGACCCUUACUCUGGGCUUCCCUAUCGAGUCCCUUCCCAGGUUAACAAAACCCCGUGGAAACCCGUGGAACGCAUGGCCCGACGUGCAUCUCUAUCUCUGUCUCUUCAGAUGCGCUCCACGCCCCAAACCCAUCGCUGCCUCCUCCUCCAUCAAUGCCGCUUCCGCCGCCUCCUCCACACUUCCAAACCCCUCCUUUCCUCACAGGCGGUCACUCACAACUCCCAUACAAACCAAUCACGGCCCCAAACCCCAGCUGCCUCUUCCCAAAUCCUCACCACGCGUCAGUCCCUCCUCACCGGUCGCGUCACCGCCGUCGAUCUCGCUAACUCCUUCCUCUCUCGCAUCAGACACACGGAGCCACAUAUUCGCAGCUUUCUCCACAUCUCUGACACUGUGUUGAGAGAAGCAGAGGAGAUUGACAGAAAGAUUGAGAGGAAGGAGGAAUUGGGGCCUUUGGCCGGAGUGCUUGUCGCUGUCAAAGAUAACAUUUGUACGGUGGACAUGCCAUCGACCGGUGGGUCGAGGAUUUUAGAGGGCUACCAGCCGCCGUUCGAUGCGACGGCAGUGAAGAAGUUGAGGAAUUGCGGCGCAAUUGUUGUUGGGAAGACGAAUUUGGAUGAGUUUGGCAUGGGGAGUACCACGGAAAGGUCCGCGUUUCAGGUGACUGCAAAUCCUUGGGAUGUGUCUCGAGUUCCAGGUGGAUCAUCUGGGGGUUCAGCUGCAGCUGUUUCUGCUAGGCAAUGUGUAGUGUCAUUGGGAAGUGAUACUGGCGGAAGUGUAAGGCAGCCAGCAUCAUUUUGUGGUGUUGUUGGAUUGAAGCCAACAUAUGGGCGUGUCUCGAGGUUUGGCUUAAUGGCAUAUGCAUCAUCGCUUGAUGUCAUUGGGUGUUUUGGUUCGACAGUUGCUGAUACUGGGAUUCUUCUUAAUGCAAUUUCUGGCCAUGAUAGACUUGAUGCUACUAGUAGUAAGCAAGGGGUUCCUGACUUCACAUAUCAGUUCAUGUCUGCGGAUUUAUUGGAAUCUAAACCUUUAAAUGGACUGAGGGUUGGUGUGAUCAGCGAAACUCUAGAUGAUGGUGUUGAUCCAGAAGUAAUAUCUUCAAUCCGUGGUGCAAUUUCACACUUGGAAGAAUUGGGAUGCACUGUGAUGGAGGUGUCAAUGCCCUCCUUCUCCCUUGGGUUACCAGCCUACUAUAUUCUUGCUUCUUCUGAAUCAUCUUCAAACUUAUCACGCUAUGAUGGCAUCAGGUAUGGAAAUCAAGUUGUUGCUGAUGAGCUGAAUUCGCUUUAUGGGGAUUCCCGAGCAAAUGGAUUUGGUCCUGAGGUCAAAAUGAGAAUUUUGAUGGGAACAUAUGCCCUUUCAACUGGUUAUUUUGAUGCGUAUUACAAGCGUGCACAACAGGUUAGGACCUUAGUUCAGAAAAGCUUCAAGGCAGCGUUGGAUCACAAUGACAUCCUAAUUUCACCUGCAGCUCCAUCUGCUGCUUAUAAGAUCGGUGAGAAGAAAAAUGAUCCAUUGGCAAUGUAUGCAGGAGAUAUCAUGACAGUUAAUGUCAACUUGGCUGGGCUGCCUGCAUUGGUUUUGCCAUGCGGGUUUGUUGAUGGGGGGCACGCAGGCCUUCCUGUUGGUCUUCAAAUGAUUGGUGCGGCAUUUGAUGAGGAAACAUUGCUGAAGGUGGGUCAUAUCUUUGAACAAACUCUUCAAGGUUGCAACUUUGUUCCUCCGAUGGUGGCGGAUGGCUUUGAAUUAUAGCUUCUCCUAUUCUUGUUUGUGCGCCUGCUGGGAAGCAGAAGCAUGCAAGGGUGCAUUGAAAUGGUUCAAUGAUUGGAAGAUUUUUGGAUAUCAGUUGCAAUCAUGUCUGUAUGUUGCUGGUUCAUCACGAUGUCACCCUACUUAAAUUAUUGGGAUUAUGUUAUUGUCUUUGUUUUAAUUUUUAUUUCUAUGCCCAGUCAUUGUUUUGUAUUACAGUUGGAUAAACUGUGACAUGUUUCAUGCCUUGCCAUUCUUUUGAUAAAAGAAAAGACAACUGAAAUUUUAGGUUGUAAUGGAAAUUAUUAUUGCAA